AUGGCAUCCACUAUACCUUCAGCGACUGCCAUUGUGGCAAGUACAGCUGUGCCCAUGGCUGGCAUAUCUUCGUCUCAAGAAGCAGGUAUCAUCGCGGGUGGUGUCAUCGGGGCCAUUCUUCUCUUCGCCCUGGCGGGCUUCGCUCUCUAUAGGUUUGAACGUCGUGCCCGAAGUCGACGCUUCAGCGCAUCGUCGGAUACACUUGUAGAGAAAGAGAGAGGCAAGGAGCAGGAUUCGCCGUCCAAGAAGAGCCCUUCCAUUCCUCCUCUCACUCCGAUCGGAGAGAUGACCAUGGCGCCCAAACCCAAACAAGCCGACAGCGACGCGUCCCAAGGCCCGAUAUCCGAACUGCCAUCCAUCUUACGCCGACCUGAUCCCGCGUUUGCUUCGGACCAGAUCAAUCCUCUUCGCCGUGGAUUGACGCUUCGGUUCCGUGACGAUACCAUCCGCCCUCCGCCACCCGGCCCUUUGCGACUCGUCGGCUCUCCAGCCACCGACAGUAGUACUAGCCCUGCGCCCUGGCAGUCGGCUCCCGACUCUAGCCCCCCUUCGCGCAGAUCAGUCUCAAUAACGGAAAUCUCAUCCCCGAUAUACAGUGGACUUCCACCGCGGCCCACAACAUAUCUUUCACCUGCUCAGUCGCCCGCUGCGUCUCGAACUCAGUCGCCUGCUGCACCCAGAACCCAGCUGCCCGCUGUAUCUCGAGCUUUGUCUCCUAUCGGCUCUGAUGUGCUACCACUGCGUUCAGCUCCUCCGACCGCGUUCGGAUUCGCCAAGGACCCAUUCAAGACGCCGACAAGCUCGGAAGACGGACAUGGGCGUCGAUCUCUGGAUUCCAUACCCGAGCGAAUGGCCCCGUCACCGGCGUCUUCUACGCCCAUGCUAUUGCGCUCCGUCAGCACUUAUACCAGCCCGACGCCCAAUAACCGCAUGCUCUCUCCAACUCCGGCGUCGCGCACGCUCUCGCCCACCCCAGCGUCACGUACGCUAUCUCCGACUCCCAUGUCCCGCACCACGUCGCAGAUGCCGAUCUCCCGAAACGUCUCCCUGCGCCGUGUGCCGUCAUCAGGCCGCCCAGGGCUUCCAUCAACGCCGCGUCCUACAGUCGCCAUCCCUCCCCCCGUCCCCACAGACAUGCCCCCGAUGCCUAACACACGGCCCCUCUCGUCAGCGAACAACUUGCGGAGCCUCGAGACGCCCGUGUACCCCUCGCAGUUUUCUCCAGUGGAUGGCGACGAUCUUGACGAGCCACGCUACUUCACGGUUGACAUGGGCAACGGGCCGACUUUGGCGCGGACGAUGAGCGCGCGCGAGCUACAUCGCGCACAGACUGCGCGUGCUGCGCCUAUGCUGUGGCGGCACCCCACCGCUCGCGUACCGGGCACCGCAGUGGACAUGGUCUAA